UUGUCGCUCUUUUCAAAAUUCGAAAAAUUCCUCGGCGAUAACAGUAUCUGUUAAUUGAGGAGGAGGAGUCGUACUUGAGUUAACAUUCGCUCAACCAAUGAGCGCGGAGAUUUGCACCUGGCUCCAAAACCAGCAGCCAAUCACAACGACAUCCUCGGCAUGGCGAUCCAGGCGGUAAGCUCCAUGUGUUGAUCAUGUAGUCAACAUCGUGUAAGUGUCAACAUUACUAUCUCGGCUUCCUGUCCGCCUUCCCUACGUGUUGAUGAGAGCUUCUGGGACGUGCCAGCCCCUGUAAGCAAACUCCAACUGUGUGUUCGUAUGAAAUAUUGACUCCCGAAGAAAUAUAUCAAGUGCGAGAAAGGAGAAUGAGGACGAGCGAGGUGGGGACAGUGUAGCUCGGCGGCGGCGCCCUACUGCUGCUGUGGGACCUGCCUGGAGGCCGGUGAGGGCCAUGAUUCCUACACCCUCCACCGUCAUCCACACGCCCACCCGCCCCAAGCUGGGCUUUUCCAUCGACAGUAUCGUUGGGCGAGGAGGAGUAGACUCCCGGGGGUCACCACCCCCUUCCCCAGGAUCCCCCCGUGGGAGUCCCAGACCCAGAAGUCCUAUUGCGUCCUUCAACGACCUACACAAGCCACAGGUACGAGUUCCUGAGCCUAUCCACCCUCUGGUACCCACGUCGGUGCCCACGUCACUCCCCCAUCAUGUCGCUCCGUCCCUCCACUCGCUGCCAGGGCUGCACGUGCCCCAGGCGCUCCACCUAGCUACCCUCCUGCCUCAUGGGGGACCCCCGGGGCUUCCCACGGCCAUCCCACCGGUGCUGUUGGGUCAGAUGCCUCACCUGGGCACGCCUCUGCCUCCUGCACCUGGUCCGAGAGAGUUUCCGCUGUACCCGUGGCUGCUCUCCAGACACUCGCGUCUCUUCGGUCACAGAUUUCCAGGACCGGAUUUCCCGUCCUUUCUGCUCCCCUUCCGGAAGCCGAAGCGGAUCCGGACGGCGUUCAGUCCAAGCCAGCUGCUGAAGCUAGAGCAAGCCUUCGAGAAGAACCAGUACGUGGUAGGCGCGGAGAGGAAGCAGCUCGCCCAGUCCCUCAACCUCUCCGAGACACAGGUGAAAGUGUGGUUCCAAAACCGGCGGACGAAGCACAAGCGUGUCCAGCAGGAGGAGGAACAGCAAUCCGGCGGCAGCUCCAAGAAGGACGGCACCAGAGAGGACACGGACGGCAGCAAGAGUGACUCCACCAAGGCUGAGGACAAAGACGACCUCUCUAUGAUCGAAUACGACGAGGACGACGUGAUGAGCGACGAAGACUGCGAUCCCCGAGGGCAGGAGAGCAGCGCGCAGACCUAGGGUGACCCUGACCUGUGCUGUGACUUAUGACUAUUUAGUCUGUGAGGCGACACGUGAAAGAAAACCAGGAAACAUUUUCUCACUUACCCUGCAAGAGAGAGAGAGCGCAGAAACAAUGAAAACGGAACAUGAACUGUGUGGCAAUGCCAUUAAGACGGCAAAUAAAUGGAUCGAGUUAUCUCAACAUUAGCAUAAGGAACAGGAGUGUGUUGCUGAAACAAAAAGUCCAUUCAGCCCAGACCACGAUAUGAGGAAGUAGAAACAGUGUAUGAAAAAUUAAAGGAAGGAGAGAGAGAGAGAGAGAGAGAGAGAGAGAGAGAGAGAGAGAGAGAGAGAGAGAGAGAGAGAGAGAGAGAGAGAGAAUAGCCUUGGAAGUGUAGUGUUAGACAGCAGUUGGGCACUUCUCCCCUGACACUUCCUUGGCACUUCCCUAGUACUUCCCUUCGGUCACACGUUCGAAGGCAUGUAAACAGUACCUAUGUUAUAAAGAGAGAGAGAGAGAGAGAGAGAGAGAGAGAGAGAGAGAGAGAGAGAGAGAGAGAGAGAGAGAGAGAGAGAGAGAGAGAGAGAGAGAGAGAGAGAGAGAGAGAGAGAGAGAGAGAGAGAGAGAGAGAGAGAGAGAGAGAGAGAGAGAGAGAGAGAAGUCGUCCACCGUGGGAUCGUGGGAAAGUACUUGAAGUUAACUGAUUUCGAUGUGGAAGUAACACAUGAAUUAAGUGUAAUCACCAGGUGUCCCUCGCCACAGGUGCGAAGGGUUAAAGGAUCCUGUAUUGGGUGGCGCGGACAGGUGUGCCGAGACAGGUGUUGUGAUGCCCCUCGAUCACAGCACCGCACGGCAAUGUAACGCGAAAGAGGGUCGUUAGUCAUCUUAAUUCCCUCCCCUUUCACCUUAUUGACUUAGCCUGCUAUGUAUAUGUAAUCUUGGAAACUUUAUACGUAAUUUAAUACUGUAUAUACAUUUACCGUUUAAGUGCAUACAGACCGAAGUUAGUUUCAUGUUCAUAAGAGAGGAGAGGAAAAAAGAUAAAAUUCCUCAUAUUUGCAACAUGACUGUACUCGUAUCAUCCGUAACAUUUUCAUCCGCUGAUUGUGUUAUUACGGUAAUUAGCGUGCAUGAAUUAGAGGGUCUGUCAAAUUUAAUGAGAGUCCAGCGUUGUGUGCUGACUCGCAGUGAAAUUAAUUACACGUAGCCAUGUACUAGUAGGAGAACGAAAAAUUCUUAUGUAGCGAAUGUGUUUAGUGCUUAGACGGUCGUUCCCUCAUUUUUAUUUUUAUUUUUCAACGCCUCGAUUGCGUCUGUCCUGCUAACUCCCCCUAUUCGUCUGUCCGCUUCUGCCUAAUGUUCUCCGUCCGUCAGGUUCUGUUGGGGACCCGUGUUGCAUUCCCUCAGUAUGUUAGCUGUUUACUACUACAACUACUACGAGUACUUCUUCCAUUCGGUGUUCUCUUCCUCACCACUUGCCCUUGUGAGCGUUAGUGCCUCGUCAGGGGAAUUGUCCGGGUGGUGUGUGGGUGGCUGACUUAUAUAGAGACGCGCUACACAAUAUUCCUAGUUUCUCUUCCAAAGUAGCUGUAAUUUGUGUUACGUUCGUGUUUGGCUUAAUUUUCUUUGUUCAGUGGCGGUUCUUACACCUUCCUAUGCAACAUUACGUCCCUUUUGUUCAAACUUAAGAUUAUUCAUACAACAUACACAUUGUUGGUUUGGUGUUUAAGGGAAUGGUGCAGUUCAUGUAUAAUUUGCUGUUGCACGUGGACUGCCAUGUUCUAGGAGUACGUUGACCUAAUUGGUGACCUCUACUAGUGAUCUUCAAUGUGUUUUGAUUAUUGUUACCUACGAAUGAUUCAUGUGCAUGUGCCAUAAAUUAUCUGUACAUGAAUCUUUUUAAUCCACUUUCCCCUGGCUCGAUUGCCAAAUAAACACACACACACACACACACACACACACACAUACUUAUGUUGAUAUCUCUGCAGAAGGUCACUUGUGUUUUUGUAUGCGUGUGUGAUUUACGUCCUUUUCUAUGUGACACCCUAUAUCAACACACAAACCAAACUUUCCUUAAGCGUCCUCCAUGUGGUCCUCCUCCUCCUCCUCCUCCUUAUACUCCUACUCCACAUCUUCCUCCUCCUCCUCCUCCUCCUCCUCCUCCUCCUCGUCCUUUUGUCUCCUCAGCUUGGCGUUAUUACCGUCCCCCAAACCUUGACAAGACGCAGAGGAAGAAGCUGUUGUGUAAUAAGGUUUUUCGUUUUAUAUUUGUGCCAAGGACUGACUUCCUUUGGCGUGUAUAAAAUGUAAAAUUCUCCUGUAAAUAAAAGAAGAAAGUAUA